AUGGUAGCUCUACCAUAUAUUUUAGAUAGUUAUUAUUAUAUUUUUGAAGAAUUAUCUAGUCCAAUAACUAAAGGAUGGUUUCUAACGAGAAAGCCAUAUCUAAUGAUAGGUCUCGUGACCGCUUAUUAUUAUUUCUGCACAAAUUUAGGACCACGUCUAAUGAAACAUCGGAAACCAUUUCAUUUGGCGAAAGUAUUGCUAGUUUAUAAUGUGGUUCAAAUUAUUGUAAACUUCUAUAUAAUUAUCGAGGCUAUCAGAUACGUUUUUCUCUCUAAUUAUUAUGACAUGCGCUGUAAAGGGUUGGAAACUGACGAGAAGAUAGCGACAUGGGUUGCCAACGGCAUGUGGGUAUAUUACUUGUUAAAAGUAUCAGAAUUGCUAGAUACAGUGUUCUUUGUACUUAGAAAGUCACUCAGGCAAAUAACUAAAUUACAUUUGCACCAUCACAUGUUGAUGGUAAUAACUUGUUGGUUUGGAACCACUUAUUAUCCUGGUGGCCAGUGGGUAUUGAUUGGGUUUCUCAAUAGCAUCGUCCAUGUGAUUAUGUAUUUCUACUACCUGAUCUCUGGGCUUGGUAACAGAUAUAAAAAAUACGUAUGGUGGAAAAAAUAUGUAACAAUUGUUCAACUUGUCCAGUUUGUUUUAAUAGCAAUCUAUAAUAUAAACAGCAUGUUCUAUGAAUGCAGCUAUCCAUUUUUUUAUAAAUUCUUUGGUACAUUUUAUAGUGUUUUCUUCUUUACUCAUUUUGCAAAAUUCUAUUACGACACCUAUGUAAAUCCUAAACCAAAACGGAAGACUUUGAACAAUAUCAAGAAACAA